CCACGCACAGGAGAGAGAGGUUAAGCUCCCAAACCCACAGCCACAGACUAUACAGUCUGAUCUUCUACACCCGGUCUCUGCUAAACGUUAUCUAUAAAUUCGCAUUUGAAGAUGUUCAACGGCGCUGCUUUAUACUUAGAUCGCUCCUGCCUACACCAGUCCGCUUCCUCCUCAUAGAUAGAACGUAUAAUAUUUUUUUAUUCUAUUGACCUAGAAGUCUCCAGAUUCCCAGCUUCGGAGAUAUGUGCGAGAGAAAUCGGUCAGAGCAGUGCACGGACUGUCUUUCGUCCGCAGAGGAAAAGCGUGGAAUAAACACGAAUUAAUGUGGAAUUUAUUGGAGCCCAAAGCUGGAAGGACGACUGGACACAGCGCUUCCUUAUCAGGUAAAAAAAGUUAGAAGUAUUCAUUAUUGAAGUCAAUGACAACUGUUAUAUUUAGGGACAGUUUAGAAACGCUCAUAAACUAUCCAUCCACUGAGUAUUCUGGAUCUAAUAACCCUCUCGAGAAAAAACAACAUUUUAUUCAAGAUGUUUCUUUUUUUCAUUUUGUAAUUUUUUGUGAAACAUUUUUUGGCGGGGGUUACAUAAAUUCCAAAACAUACUGUACAUACAAAAAUGUAUACUGGUAGUAUUUUAAGGAUAUGUCCUUUUGAUGUAGGCCUAGGUGUUUUUGAUGUCUUGUCUGCGCAGUGGAGUACAUAUGGCCAGGAUACGCACGUUAGAUCUCACACCUGCGAGCCCCUUGAAGUAACUCUAUCCCGCAUGAUUAUAGUCAUACAUGGCCGUCAAAGCCUCACCAAAUAGACGCUUGUAGCGCUAUCUGACUGCUGCCACGAUUGUCUCUACUGGAACCUUUUUGAUGCCUACAUUCUGUCAUGCUUUGUGUGUUCUAAGGGCUAUGUAGUAUUUCUUUUAUACACCCCCACCAAACACGUCCUCUUAUCUCUUCUGUAAUUGCAGACUUUUUGUCUGCUGUUUUCUCUCUCCCUUCUUCCUCCAGGUUCUUUGUUUUUCUCCAUUCCUGUAGGCUACCAUCCACUUUUUUUGUUUGACAAUUCUCUUUCAUAACUUCCUCACCUUGAUAUUCUGGUGUUUUAGUUUUGCCUCUAUAAUGUUAAAAGAUCAAUCGCCUAUUUCACUUGGCACAGCCCGUGGGGAUGUUAUUCACAACCUUUCUGUUCUUUACUUCAAAGUGACGUGUCUUUUCUUUUAACCUGCUUUGAUACAAAUUGCUAUUAUAUGGAAGAAACAGUUUAUCGCAGUUUAGCUGGGGGGAAUUUUACAGUGAACCUCCAACGUUUCUCCUGUCGAUAGCUGGCUGUGUGUUGUGUCGCGGCGUAUGUGUAUUGACAUAAACUGCUCUCCUCUCCUCUCCUCUCCUCUCAGGGACUGACUGACCAUGGUCGCCGUGUUUCGUUCUCUCAUGGUACUGCUGCUGGCUCAGGUGCUGCUGGGAGGCGCUGCGGGACUAAUCCCCGAGGUCGGCCGAAGGAAGUACAGUGAGUCCGGGAAGCAGAACCCGGAGCAGUCGGAUAACUUUCUCAACGAGUUCGAGCUGCGGCUCCUCAAUAUGUUCGGACUUAAGCGGAGGCCGAACCCGAGCAGACAGGCUGUGGUGCCUCAGUACAUGGUGGACCUGUACCGUAUGCACUCGGUGAACGGAGACCACAGCACUAAACUGCCCCGGAGCAUGGGGAGGCACGCAGAGAGAGCCGCCAGCAAGGCCAACACGAUUAGAAGCUUUCACCAUGAAGGUACGUAUUAGUGGCAUAUUUCACCUGGCAAGGUGGAGCAUCUCUGCUCCCUCAGACAUGUCAAACCUGUAUUUAAACAUGACUCAGAGUGUGAAGAGGAUUUUCAAAGCAAUUACACUUUUUUAUGACAGGCCCACUCAUAUCCUAACAGAGUGACACGCGUCAGGGGACACGUCCCGUUAUAAGUAUAUCAUAUUAUAAUAACAAAGGGUAAUUUAACAAUGUAACGAGUAAAACUAAUUGUCAGGGUUCGAUGACUUUGAAGUGCAAAGUAGCCUAAUCCCUGAAAUAUGCGGUGAUGUAACACGUUACCUGGAACAUUCCAUUGACUGUGCUAUAACAAGCAUCAAAACAUCAAGGGUGGUGAGUGGUAUCACAAGGGUAAUUUGUUUCUUAAUAAUUGAUGGUGUUUGCGUGGGCCCUGAAAACAGUUUUUCCAGACACGCACCACAGGAGAGGGAUAAAGAAAGGGCGGUGUGCGUGUGCGUGCGCAAGUGAUAGUCAUCGCCCUGCUGCUACUUCAAUAACACACGACGUGACAUUACACUACACUGUCUACACACGCAAUAUGACAGAGGCCACUGUGGCAGACAUAGCUCCGUCUCAUUUUUAGACAGGACUAGUCAGUCCGUUACUCAUCCUGGUUUUGGGGGUGCGCGUUAUCCUUUCCCAAUCGCUCUCUCAAGGCGCGUUCUUUAUGCGCAAUUAUGGACGUUCAAAUAAUAGAACCACGUAAUUAGUCGUGCAUACUUAUUAUGUAGCUACAUAUGCGUCGCUGACUGCGAGAUUUCACAUUAAAAUGACACAUUUAUAUACCUCAGAAACACAUGCAGACCAGAUUAUUGUUUCAGUAAGGGCCAAUUGGUCUAAAUGCUAAACUAAAUAUGAGAUAUUUGAUCCAAGAGUUGAACUGGAGGCACAAAUGGACAUUUUCUUUGGGUGAUGUGAACUCUGGCCAUGUUUUUUUAUUUGGUAUUGUAUCUGUCUGUGCAUAUGUAUCUGUACUAUGUUGUAUAGUAACAGUGGGUAGAGAGGUGUGCAUGUGUUCAGUGGAUGUCUAACCCUCUAGUCUAGGCAAAUAGCUCAUCUGGGCACUACAUUUACAGUGCUGCAACAAAACAGACCAGAACAGUUAAUAUAGAAACAUGAAAACCAAAUAUAGAAACUUUUAAAAAAGCGUUUCCCCUCAUGCUCCAGUAGUGUAUAGUACAUGCCCAAUGUGUCCAUGGAUGGCCUUCUACACAGACUCCUGAGUGUUUCACUGCAUGGGGAAGUUUCCACACAGUGAAUGACUCAUUGGGGUGGUUGGGUCAGGAUGGGUUGGUUGGUUGGGUGUUCUCCUCUCCUGAGGCCUGGUAGGGAUGACACCCAGUGGACACAUUGACACACUACAAACACCACUGACACUACAAACACCACUGACACUACAAACACCACUGAAACACUACAAACACCACUGACACACUACAAAAACCACACUGGCUGGCUGGCAUGGUGACUGGGAUUAAGACCACUCACUCCACUAGUGUAAACUUCCGCUUUUGGGAUACAUUUAAGCCAUGUUUAGUUAUUUAUCCUUGCAUCCUCCUGUCUUUUCAUCCUGUGCUCCAGCGCUGCAUGGUUUUGGAUAUAUAGACUGUUCCUAUGGUAGAAGUGGGAAGAGUGGGGGGUCCUAUAUGUUUAAUAUACGUGUAGCUACACAUGUAAACCAUAAUGUCAAAGCCUGAAGCCCUAUCCAUUCUUCACAUCUGUUCCGUGAUAUUAAUUUCAGAGGGAUAAUUCAUUUCUGUGAUAUCAGUUUUAAAAAAUAACUAUUUUUUUGCCAAACAGAACAUUUCCAGGCCUAACACAGUAACUGGCUGCCAGAGACAGGCAGAGAUGAAUGACCUAAUAUUAGCCGUUAUCUUUUGUUUUGGCACACAGAGAGUCAAGAAAUUAGGAGUCUUGAUACACUCAUAUCUGUGGUUCACAACUCUUAGACAAGGCCCAACAUGUUGUUCACACAGCGCAUGCAGCACCUCCUUCACUCACACAGCAGGAAUCUGGAUAGACAGAGAGAGAGAGACAGAGGGAAAAGAGAGAAAGAUUUGGAGCGAAAGAGAGAGCGAGGGGGGAUUUGGGGUGAGGAGAGAGAUAGAGAGAGGGUGAAGGGGAGAGAGGGAUUUUGGAGUGAGUGGGCGAAAGAGAGAAGGAAAGAAGGGGUUUGAAGGAGAGAAGUAGAGAGAAGGGGUUUUCCCACAUCAAUAAGGAUUGAUGGGUCUAAUUGAGGUCUUUGUGCUUCUGGAGAGAGAUUUAGGAUGAGGGGGUGGAAUUUCCUAAAUGCCUCCUUUGAAAAAGUUAGUGUUUAUUUUACCACUCCAAACAGAUAACAAGCAUGUCUUUGUGCCAUCUGUAAAACACUUAAAGGUAAAUGUUCAAAGUUUGACUACAAUCAAGAAAAUAUUAGUGCUGUCAUUGACAUAUGUAUCUGAAAUUUGUUUUAAACACUAAUGUUAAUAAUUCAUUCUCAAUCAGGCCAAAUAUGCACAGAGGAAUAAAAUGUGUAGCUAUAGACUGCUUCAAAAAAGGUGUAAACAACAUUAAGAUAAAUUAGACAUACAGAUAAAUUAGAUAUACUUCCCUAUGGUCAUCAUUGUGUCAUAAUAAUCUAGCUUUGAUGAUUCCAUGAUGGACGACAAUUCCUUUUUCCACACAUUCAAUAAUAACAGCACUCCAUCAUGUAGCAGCCAAAUCCUAAAGGGCAGAACAUUCUCCAUGGCAUUUAGUGGCCUCGCAUGCAUAAUGGUUAGAUGCUAUCACUGAUCUUUGCUUGAUCAUAUCAACAUUGGAACGCCACUGCUUUGAUGUCAUGACAUUUACUCUGAUUACAUUUAUGAACCUGGCCGUAUUGCAGUUGGAUGGUCCCCAAGUGCAGUGGUCUAAGGCACUGCAUCUCAGUGCUAGAGGCAUCACUACAGACCCUGGUUCGAUUCCAGGCUGUAUCACAAUCCAGCCGGGAUUGGGAGUCCCAUAGGGCGGUGCGUCAUUGUAAAUAAGAAUUUGUUCAUAACUGACUUGCCUAGUUAAAUAUAGGUUAAAUAAAAUAAAUAAAUAAUUGUUAGCUUUUGCCUUUACAUUGGAGUUAGUGAGUGUGUGUAUGAUGACAUGUAUGACAACAAUGAAUCUAGUCAUGUAGGACUGGGAGGGAGGGAUGCUUGUCUCAUGUUUCUUGUGUGUGUGCGUGUCUGGGUGUGUGUGUGUCUGUGUGUUGUAGUGAGCUGUGGAAAGAAUACCCGUUUGUCAGGACAGUAAACCUUGGUCAAUCUUCUUCCCUGCUCCUGUAGAAUCUAUAAAUCCAUACAUGUUUGCCUCUACAUUUUUCACAUUGCAGCAUGCUCUCCGUGUAAGCACUGUAUCUGCCAUUAGUGGCUGUCCUCCACUCCCAGUAACUUUCUCCAUGGAGUUACUCUACCACCAACACAACCUUCGUAGUAAAAAAACAAUGUCCUGAUCUUAGCCAUGAAUGUCUAUGUCAACAUCAUCCACUGACCCUAGCUCUCUCCUUAUCCUUCUCUCUUAUAGAGUCCAUGGAGGCUCUGGCCAGUCUGAAGGGCAGGACCACCCAGCAGUUCUUCUUCAACCUCACCUCCAUCCCUGGAGAAGAGCUUAUCACCUCUGCAGAGCUCCGGGUGUACAGGGACCAGGUCCUGGGGGCCACAGCAGCUCCCACCAGUAACACCAGUUACAACAGCAGUAACAGCUUCAGUACCAGUGCUGGUGGCUUCCAUCGUAUCAACGUGUACGAGGUGUUUGGAGCCCCUGCGUCUCCCCGUGGGGAACCCUUGAUGCGCCUCCUGGACACGCGGCUGGUGCAGGACUCUCUGAGCCGCUGGGAGAGCUUUGACGUCAGCCCCGCAGUGUCCCAGUGGGCCUCCAGGGUGCGCCACAACCACGGCUUCCUGGUGGAGGUGCUCCACCCAGACACCCUGGGGGGCGCGGAGGGCCAAGGACGGAGCCGGCACGUCAGGGUGAGCCGCUCCCUCCACGAGGACCAGGACUCAUGGCCCCAGGCUCGCCCCCUGCUGGUGACCUACAGUCAUGAUGGGCGGGGGAAUGCAGUGCUGCACAGGGACAAGAGACAGGCAGCAGGCCACAGGAAACAGAGGAAGAAGCACCAACACAAGGUCAACUGCCGCAGACAUGCCCUCUACGUGGACUUCAGCGACGUGGGCUGGAACGAGUGGAUAGUGGCGCCCCCAGGCUACCACGCCUUCUACUGCCAUGGGGAGUGCCCCUUCCCAUUGGCCGACCACCUCAACUCCACCAACCAUGCCAUCGUUCAGACGCUUGUCAACUCUGUGAACUCCAACAUCCCCCGGGCGUGCUGCGUGCCCACAGAGCUCAGCCCCAUAUCACUGCUCUAUCUGGAUGAGUAUGAGAAGGUCAUCCUCAAAAACUACCAGGAUAUGGUGGUGGAGGGAUGUGGCUGCCGGUGAGACACACAGAGACAGAAGGAUGGAGGGA